UUAUCGUACAAGCACACAAAUCACUUCCCACAUCACUUACUAAUUUGCUUGUUGCUACUAGCAUGGCAGGCGUCCCGGCUCCUUCUCAUCUUCCCAGGGCACAGCCAAGGGGAGGUCACCGGAUGUUUGCAGCAUCCGAUGACAGUGCGAUGAUGAAGCAGAUUCAAGCAACUCAUACUCCUGAUGGCCGUGAAGUCGAUGUCAAGCCCAUUCUUGGCCUCAUUGAGAGCCUUUUUCGCCAUGCUACUCCAGGCAUUGAUGGGGCUUUGAGUGGGAAACAUGGAGCAGAGGAGGCUAGUUCGGAAGAGAAGGCCUAUCUGGCGUCCUUUGAUAGUGUCCUAGAGGGAUUGCCUUACAUCAUACAAAAAAUCUCCUGCGAGUUAUCAUGCAAGUGCAGCGGAGGUGGAGAUGCCCAUGGAACCACAAUGGCUAUAUUCAACAUGAUAUCAGCCUACUCCUGGGAUGCAAAAGUAGUAUUGGCACUGGCCGCCUUCGGAGUGAACUAUGGAGAGUUCUCUCUGAUGAUCCAGCUUUACUCCAGAAACCCCCUUGCAAAAUCAGUAGCUUUGCUUAAGCAAUUACCCGAUAUGAUGGUGCACUCGAAUGCCUUGAAAACACAGUUCGAUGCACUCCACAAUCUCAUUGUUGCUAUGGUGGAUGUGACCAAGUGCAUUAUCCAGUUCAGCGAGCUACCACCUCAGUACAUUGCAUCUGAGACGCCCCCACUGUCAACUGCCCUGACCCAUAUUCCCACUGCAGUCUACUGGACUAUCCGCAGCAUCGUUUCUUGUGCUUCACAAAUUGCUAGCCUGAUAGGGUUGGGGAACGAAUACAUGCCAUCAACCACUGAAGCAUGGGAAUUAUCCAGCUUAGCCUACAAGAUCGGUAGCAUAUACGACCACCUUAAGAAGCAACUCGCCAUCUGUUACCAACAUAUAGAUGAAAAAAUGCAUUUCGAAGCUUUCCAGACGCUGAUACGCCUGUUCGACAGGAGUCAUAUGGACAAUAUGACCAUUCUCAAGCAUUUAAUCUGUCUCAAGGACGACAUACAUCCGCUGGUGGACGUUAGCAAAAAAUCAAGGGUCAGCCUCGAAGUGCUGAGAAAGAAAACAGUGUUGCUACUAAUAUCAGAUCUCGACAUUGCCACUGAAGACAUCGACUAUCUCCACCUCAUCUACAAAGAACCUAGUGCAAAGCCUGCGAGCCAGUUCGAAAUAGUGUGGCUUCCAAUUGUCGACAUCGAUCCAAGGUCAGCUGCUUGGGAUGUGAACCAUCAGCAGAAAUUUGAGGCGCUGCAGAGCAUCAUGCCAUGGUACACUGUCCACCACCCUUCGAUCCUUGAACCGGCCGUGAUCAGGUACAUAAGAGAGGUGUGGCGUUUCUCGAAGAGGGUCAUCAUAGUAGCUCUGGAUCCACAGGGGAAGUUGGCGAGUCCCAAUGCCCUCCACAUGAUCCGGAUAUGGGGAAGUUUAGCCUUCCCUUUCACUAAGGAGCGAGAGGAAGCGCUGUGGAAGGAGGAAAGUUGGAAACUUUCGCUGAUCAUCGAUGGCUUAGACGAUGGGACUAUAUCGAAAUGGACGGAACAAGGAUCAUACAUUUGUCUAUAUGGAGGUGAGGACCUUGGUUGGAUCAGGAAGUUCACAAACGCAGCCAAAAAUGUCGCUAAGAUUGCUAAUAUCCCGUUGGGAAUGAUAUACUUGGGAAAGAGCAAUGCCAAGGAGCGAGUGAAGAGAAUUGCAGCAGCGAUCACUUCAGAGAAUCUGAGUCACUGCUGGAAAGACCCCAGAUACUUCUGGUUCUUUUGGGCAAGACUCGAGAGCAUGCUCCACUCGAAGUUGCAACAUGGGAUGUCCACUGAAAAUGACCCAGUAAUGCACGAGAUCAUGACGAUACUCAGCUACGAUGGGAGUGACCAAGGAUGGGCUAUUUUCUGCCAUGCUGCGGAACCAACGAUGGCGAGAGCCAAGGCCAAGAAUGUCUUGGACAGCAUGGAGGAGAUCAACGACUGGAAGGAUGGUAUAGAUGAGAAGGGUUUCAUUCCUGCGCUGCAGGACCAUCUAAGACAGAAGGAGAUUGACAGUCCGCACCACUGCAGCCGCCUGAUCCUGCCCGGGAUCGAUGGAGGAAUCCCAGAGAGGGUCGUGUGUGCAGAGUGUGGCCGCGUUAUGGAGAAGUUCAUCAUGUACCGCUGCUGCACCGAAUAAGCAGAAGUUCAACUCUGGUUGCUUGGGUGCGAAGGUAUCUUCUGGUCUACCAUCUUGAGCUUAUACGCAAGAUUUGGUUGUGGAAGAUAGCGACGCGGGUCAAGACAUCCAGUCUGGUGUAUUGUUCAGGCUCCGGCUUUCUUGAAAUUUAUCCGGUUUGUCGCCUUUUCUUUUUUUUCCCUUUCCUUUUUCAGUUUCCUUUUGCGGUUUCAAUGGUGUUCUGUUUCGAAGCGCUUAGAUGACAUCUUGGUGUAUGGCUUGGCUGCAACUUUUCUUGUACUCUAUGAAGAUGUGCAAUUGUUAUGUUCAAUCUUGCUGUUUUAA